AGGAACUAAAUUCCGAAGAAGCAAAAUUACAAAGGUACGAAAACGAAAACGAAGACGAAGACGAAUGGUGGAAUUGGAAGGUUCCUUCUUCCCUUGACAUUCCUUUCGGACCGGACGUGCACGAAACGAAACGAAUCAUAUCUUCACUUCUCUUCUGCUCUGCUCUCUGUUUAAUCCCAACCGUUUUACUCUGAUCCCUUCUCACAGUCGACCCUAAAAGACUGAACUGCCCUUCUGCUUUCUCCUACUACCUGGGGAUUGAUGACGGCCCUGCACCGGAGAAACCGAUGAAAUUGGGGUUCUGGGUUUCGAAGAGGGGCUGAGUUCCGGAACUGGGUCUGAAGAAUUUCGAGCAUUCGUUCCUGGGUGGCGGAGGAUUUUUGGGUGUGAUUGUGUUGUGUGUCACUAUGUCGGGUGGCACACCAACCGGUGGAUAUAUGAGGCAGAGGCAUAGCCAGGGCUAUGCGUCGAGUGGAGAUGAUCUUGAGGAUGAUGCAUGCUCGAUGAUGCAUAGUCCGUCAGCUUCGAGUCCGAGAGUUUGGUCAAAGAGAGAGAUUGCAGAGAAUUUGAUUUGGCUUGCCUCGGCAGCAGGCAUUGUGUACUUGGGUGAUUCGAAAUCCAACUUGAUAUAUCUCUUGUGGCAUGAUGACCGAAUAAGAAGAUUGCCGUUGUACAUUGGGAUGGUGGGCGUGGUUUUGAAUUUUAUCAUCUUCUGUUACACAAGUAUGUCAGCAUGGAGUGUCGGGCGAUUUGAUGAAAAAUGGGAAUUAGCAAGUAUAUCUGCUCUGCCAUUUGUGACACUACUUGGUGCCAUUUCCUUUUGCCUGUUCUGCUUUGCUCUGUGGCCAAUAUGGGGGGUUUUGACCCUUCCUCUUCUGUUCACGCUGUUUAUGGCAGGCAUGGUUAUAUUUCCAUACAUUAUAAUUGGGAUAUUUAGGAAAAAACAUGAUGCGCUGCGUACUGAUAAUGCCUUCUCAGAUUUUAGUGAGAAACAAUACUGACCUAGAUCAAGAGCUGCUAACUCAACCAUGGAUGAACUGUCACAUCAAUAGUGGAGCGAUUAUUGUCUUUCAAUCAGUCAGGUUUCGAUUUUACACACACAUUCUUUUGAUGAUACACUUGAUAGUACCACAGAGUUCUUUACAAACUGGAGCAGACCGGUUGGGAUGUUGUUUUGGAUGUUGAUGCCAGCGAGCGUUAGUUGUGUAAAAAUGUUAAAUUUUCUGGAUACAAAUGAUGCCUUUGUUUCUGGUAUGAGUCCAUCUUUCACCCUAGGUUCUGGCAUUGAUUUGGCAUUACAAAAUUCAGUUCUUGUUUAUGUUUCUCUUUUAGAUUUCGUUUCUCUUAUAUUUUCUGUUGGUGUUAAUGAGCUAUGGUUUCACCAUAUUUGCACACAUAUUUUCGUCUUGGUUUGAAGACAUUUGUGAUGCUGGUGAGUUUGAGAGUUGCAAAUUCAGCAAAGGUGCCCAGCAUCUUCAAUAGUCUUGUAAUUCCUUCAUAGCAUCUUUCAAGAACAUAUCCUUACCAAGUAAAUUGCAAGGGUUCAUCUUCACCUGUCAAGGAAAAGCUGCGGUAAAAUAAGGUUGGAAGCUUCCAGAGUUGAAAAUGUUAUCUAGAAUUGUUCUAAGGUCCUUGGUUCCUAGUCUUCUUCCAUUUGAUGUUUGCUUCUUCGUUUUCUCUACCGGUUUUCAAGUGUCUAAGCUUAUUCUAUUGCAGUUUUUAAAUCGAUUUCUAUAAUUUGCCAUGUAGUUUGGUUAGGAACACAUUGAUGGCAGCAUAGCAAAGGAAAACUCGAUUUUGGGUUUGCCUUAUUUUCCACUCGGCUUGUGAGCCUGAUAUAAGUGACAAUUUGACAUAAUCCAGCUAAUCAACGUUUUUGGCGAGUACUGAUUUUAGUGCUCUAGUUUCAU